GAACUGGGAAACAUCAACUAUCUGUUAGUUUGAAAGAGAACGUUGGACGAUCAUCUUAACAGAACAAGGGCAUGGCGAAACCCUGGUUUCAACUCUGGACUGGAAUUCUCUUUAUGACCACUGCUACAACAGCCUCAUCCCUAUGUGUUUUCAGUGGCACAAUUUGUGACUGCAGUGGAAAGAAUCUUACCUUUAUUCCUGAUAACCUAUCUGCAAACAUAACCAAGUUAAUCCUCACUAAUAACAAUAUUUCUUUGACUUAUCGUGAUGUUCAAAUUCUUCGGAAUUUAACACAUCUGAAAGAACUGUACCUUGGAUACAACCUGAUACAAAGUUUAUCUUCUGAAGUAUUCAGCAAGUUAAAAAACUUGGCUAUAUUGGAACUACACAAUAACUGCCUCACAUAUCUGGAUAGUAAUGUUAUGCCAUCAUCGAAUUUAACACAUUUAACAAUAUAUGGAAAUCAAUGGAACUGCAGUUGUUCCCUUCUAGAUUUACAGACAUGGAUCAAUCGCUCAAAAGCAAUUUUAGGGAAUUUAACCAGUACAACAUGCAAAACCCCUGAAAAAAUGAAGUACUUCACUAUCGAGACAGCUCCCAUCAACCAAAGUGAAUGCUUCUCUGCAUCUAAGAGUACUCCUGCUAUCACUAAAAGCAACUUUAUUACAAACCAGUCUGUGACGAUGCAUGUUGUUGGAUCACAGACUUCUGCUGUGACUACACAAAACACCACGAAUAAUCAGAAAGAUGGAUCAGAUCGACAUAGAAUUGGAAAAUCUUGGAAACUCCUGUUGACCAUUAUGGCUGGCUCAGCUGGUUCCUCUUUUCUACUAAUCAUCAUUGUAAAAUGCUUCAAAUGGUACAAAUGGCUCUCUGCCUACGACCACCAUAAAUUGAGGGAAGAACCAGAGCUGAUCAUGGAAAAUCCAUCUGAGAUAGGUUUGAAUAGUGUUCCAUGGGCCACAACUACAGAUGAAACCAAUGACCAAGAAGAGGAAACAAAGACAACCACGUACAAGCUUCCUGAAGACGAUGAUGGAUAUAUUGAAGAUGUUUAUAUAGAUACAAUAGAAUUCAAAGAUUAUGAGGAGUAAAAAUGAUUUAUGAUCUGGGUUGUAGUAUAAGAUUUGAUAUCCAAGGUGGCAGCCUCUGUCAGGUACAAUUAAGGCUGAUUAAGUUAGAACAGCCAACAUUUUAACUACUACUUUAGCAUAUUUAGCUCUGCUUUCCCUCAACACACUGGCUGUAGUUUGUGCAACAAAACUAUUUCCCCAAAUUCACAUAAAAUCAUGUGAGGAUAUGGGAAGUCAAGAUCAGGAAUAUCAUAACAAGAAUUUAUAAAAAAUCUCCGUAAGUCAUAAAAAUAUCCAUACAUCUUACUAUUCUCCUAAAAUAUUUAUCAUCUUUCUUUAGGAGAAGAAAAUUGUCAUAUUCAUCCAAUUUCUGUGAAUCUGUUAGCUAUGUUUGUUCAAAAUAUAUACAAAGGUGCACACAAACAUAAAAAGGUGCAUUUUUUCCAACUGACUGCAUAUGGUAGUCCACAAUAUUGAGAUGUCUAUGUUUGAAGAUAGAAAACAAGGAUAGACAACUGUUAGAAGUUACCUUUGAUCUACUUAGGACUAAGAUAGCUAUUCAAGUGCACCAGAUUAGAAUGAAGUUUGGAAUAUAAAGAAUGAAUAUCCCACUUUCAAAUGUAUGCAUGCAUACAUCUCAGAUUUUAACAUUUACUCUUUCUCAACGCCUUUUCUCCUUAACCAGUGAAUUGAUGUAGCAAUGAGAAGAACCUAAAAAUGAUAAACCGCCAAAAUGGAGAUAAUUUAAAUUAAAAAAUGGUAUUAGAAUCCAAAUUAAAAUCUUUAAAAAAAAUCUGAUAAAUUGAACUGAUUAGUGAUAGAAAAGUAAACUUUGAUGAAUGAAUCUGAACUCGUAAGCAGAACAUAACAUAUAGGAGCAGGAGUAGGCCAUUCGGCCCUUCGAGCCUGCCUCGCCAUUCAAUCAUGGCAGAUCUUCUUAUCUAACUCCAGCUAAUAACCUGACCCUGCCUUAUCCCCAUA